CAAUUCUUGGUGGAGCUGGCUAAUGACCCAAAGCUUGUAUAUCACUGUGGACUAACACCAAGAAAACUACCAGAACUGGUGGAGAACAAUCCUGUCAUAGCAGUUGAAGUUCUCAUUAAGUUGGUGAAUUCGCCUGAAAUUGCAGAAUACUUCACAGUACUUGUCAGUAUGGACAUGAGUCUUCAUUCGAUGGAAGUUGUGAACAGGCUUACUCAGGCCGUCGAACUUCCCACUGAAUUCAUACACAUGUACAUAACAAAUUGUAUAUCAUCCUGUGAAAACAUCAAGACAUGGCAUAACCAAAUCCAACCAGCCAAGUUUUACUCGGUUGGGAAG